UACCCUCGAAAACAUCGCAACGUUUGAACACGACCUGUUCGUCUCUUGUUUCACCUUCGCCGACUCCGCCCUCCAUCGUCAACGUCGAGUUCUCAGCAAGAUGACCAAAGGAACACCCUCUUUCGGAAAGGCCCACUCCAAGUCGCACACUUUGUGCAGGAGGUGUGGACGAAGGAGCUUCCACAAGCAGAAGCACACCUGUGCUCAGUGUGGAUACCCCGCUGCCUCUGUCCGAAAGUACCAGUGGGGCAUGAAGGCUAUCCGACGAAUGGGUGCCGGCUCCAAGCGUGCUUCUCACUUGAAGUCCGUUCAUCAGCGAUUCAAGAACGGCUUCCGGUAAGUCGUCUUUGAUCACAUGUGUUUGCUCGCCAACCUAAACAAUUUCCACCCCUGUCUAUACUAGUGAGGGAACUGUUGCUACCAAG